UCCGCACUGCUGUUUCCCAUGGAUGAGAGGAGGAGGAGGCCAGAGGAGGAAGAUGCUGUCAUGUUGUCACCCACAUCAGGCAAUGACAGCAACGUGAAAAUGGAGAUACUGUGAAAUAUUUUCGUGCAAACUCAGUGAGGUGCGUGCACGGAGGCCGGUCGGGAUGGCCUCUCAGCGCGCGGAGCGAGCCGUGUUGGAGUUCCUGAUGGAGAGAGGAGGGAGGGUCCAACAGAUGGAGCUGAUGGAGCAUUUCCGAUCAAUUUCGGGACAAAAUGACUCAUCGGAGGAAGGGGUGGACAGCGAGAUACUAAAACGCGUCGUGGACACCGUGGGCUUCGUUAAAGUGGAGGACGGUGUGAAAUUCGUGUGUUUAAACGCGGAGGGGCACGCGGAGGCAGUGAUGCGCGCGGACACAGACGACCACGGUCACGCGGAGUGUAAUGGGAACAUCCAAGACACACUGGACGACUAUGUCAACGGCAACCCUGACAACGGACAGCAAACAGGUGAGUCCAGUCCACCAGUCUCCAGCCUUGACAAUGACAAACAGUCAAAUGACAACGAGCGACCCGAAGCCCCCUCUCAGAAUAAUACGACCAGCACUGAGACUCCUGCAUCUGGUGGAGGAGGGGAGGUGAAGCUAAGAGACAGGAGGAGGCGGGAGUCGGCCCCGGUGAUCGGGACGUCUGACCUGGACCAGGCGCAUCCAGGAGGGUCCCACAGCCAGCAGAUUAGAGGCCUGCGUAGGGUGUCCAAAGGGUCCCAGCGGGCCAUGCUGACCAGCUGCCUAUCAGAGGACAGCGGUUUUGAGGGGUUGGAUGCUAUCGGGGAUAUUAACACCCCCAAAGGAAGUCGGAGGAACUUCAUAGAGCUGAUGAUGAGUAGUUCUCCUCAGGUUAGGAGAUCUCUUAUUAACCGAGGCUCACGUCUCCGAGAUUCCGUGAAGAGUGACGGUGACUCAGCAUCUCUGCUCUCUUCAGCCACCGAUGAGGACUGUGCCUCGGUGACCCUGGACCCACUGGAGCACGAGUGGAUGCUGUGUGCGUCCGACGGCCUGUGGGAAAGUCUGCAGCCCCUGUUGGCCGUAGAACCCAGCUUAGUGGUCAAAAGAGACUUUGUGACGGGCUUUACCUGCCUCCACUGGGCUGCGAAGCAGGGCAAAGCUGAGCUGCUCUCCCAGCUGCUAGCCUUCGCCAAGGAGAACGCCGUACCCGUGAAUGUAAAUAUCAGAUCAAGUGCUGGAUACACGCCACUGCACCUGGCAGCCAUGCAUGGACACACACAGGUGGUUCGCGUGUUGCUGUCAGACUGGGAGGCGGACCCCGAGGCUCGAGACUACAGCGGGAGGCGAGCCAUCCAGUACCUCCCCCCACCGCUGGCCGCAGACCUACAGGAGGAGGGGGUGGUCACCUCACCUGGGACUGAGUCCGACAGUGAAAACGCAAACGGCGGAAGCGGCUGGGGGCGUGGCUGGCGUUUUCCCAGAGUUCUGCAGGGUAAUCUGAACCCACUGCGGCUGCUGAACCCACCGGCCGAGGCGGCGGAGGAUGGGAACGGGGCCGGGAAGACCAAAGGAGGGAUGCAGAGGAAGUCAUCUCUGAGUCGCCUGAAUGCUCGCCUGCACCGUGGACGCCACCGAGCACAGAUCAUCCACAGCGCCUCCUUCAGGGACACGGGAGAAGUCGGGAGAGGAGAAGAUCUGCCCAGCAGUCCACUACGAACACGACCUCUGUCCAACCUGUUCGGGUGAACUCGCACAAAAAUCACAAAAAUCUAAACCAGUGUGAUGUUAUUUACACGGAACAGUUUACUCACCUCUAUAAGCUGAGAUUUCAUACAUUUAUCACUGCAAAUAAUAUUAAACAUGUGAAAUAGUGAUAAGAUGACACAGGUUUUAUGAUUACAGAUUUUUACUUUAGUAUAGCAUUAUUUAAACUUAUUAACCACUCAUUUUCCUUCUAAAAAUCUACUUUAUUUUUGUUCCUUUUGCAGUUGAGUGAAGAGCACAAGUCACAGUAUUUUAUUUACAGGUCACCGACUACUUAUAUAUGAAUUAUUUUAGAUUUUUGUGUUUAUGUUUAUUCCUGUUUAUUCCUGAGGCUCUGAAAAUAUGAGACCAGCUUCAUCGCACGAUAUGAUGAAAUGUUAUUUACACAAAUGAUAAAGAUACACACACACACACACACACACACACACAGGGCUGGAGUUCUGACAUGUAUGUGUCUGUUUGCAGAAAAGUUAAUAUAUUUAUAGAGCACAUUUUCUAUUUAUCAGCCACUUCUGAUUGGAUGGUGCUACACACUGAAGAAAAAUUUCAUAAACAAUCCAGUGGACUUUCUUUUUUUACAUUUUUUUGUAGCAGAUUUAAUAUUCACACUGUCGUAAACAGAACUGUUGUAUGUCCAAACGACCAUGUACAGUCUUAAGUUUGCACUUGUCACUUUGGUAGGUGUUCACGGGAUCAAAGGUGUUUUUGGGGCCUAUGUUUCAGGGCCGAUACUUGUUAAUUUUCUAGACACGGCAUACAUCUAUUGAUGUAUGAGCUCAAAUGUACCUCAGAUCAUCCAAGUCUGGUUCACUCUUUGUUAUCUUGCUUCAUUUUAUAAUGUUUAAUCAAACUGUAUGCAGAUAUCCUGUCAUUUUGCAUUUCCAGAAGUACUUCAUAUAAUAAAUGACAUGAAUUUUUCCGAGAAAGCUUUUCUUUUUUUUUUUUGUAAUUCCAGAAUGUAGACACGUCAAGUAAAUAUGUAAAUGAAAAUCAUACAUUUUUGUCAAAUUUUAGUACUUUUUUUUUUUUUGUAGUCAACCAGCAUAGCACUGCUUAAUUUUACAAUAAAUAUACAAAUAUACAGUUGAUACAAUCACCCCCCAUGACACUGGAUUAGAUGUUAAGAGCUUUACUGCCCCUCAUGUAUUGGUCUAACCUCGCAUGUGCACAAUCAUUUCCUCAUUAUUGACUCAUUUUUAGUGUCGUCUAUGGGUAAUAAAGUGUGAACAUUGUGUUUAGCCAAGGAGCACACUGACUUUCUGACUGUUUGUGUCCCAAAUAUGUGAACCUUGCUCUCCCAAUGACAUACUGAUGCAUCCUAGAUCUCAUGAAUGUACCGUUAGUAUUUUGUAGCACAAAUUGUAGGGCUUUAUGUAAUAAUUGUAAGGUAACAUUUUUGGUGUAGAUAUGUACUGUACAGUUGGAAUUUUGACGUACUGUACGUUUUGUUUUUUGUUUUUUUUUUCACAUGCAUGACAUGGGGAAAUGUAACUGUGCACUGUUUAUGUUUUGUCUGUAUACCAUCGUGUCUGUCUUAUUUGUGGAAAACUGUGAAGUCAUUACAUACACUAAAAUAAUGUAUCUGGGCCACAUCUCGUCAUUUCUCGUCUUAAAUGUGAAAUAAAGCAAUAAUUGUUUGCAUUUAACAUUGA